UUGCUUGUUUCCUAAUAAGGAUAGUCAUGGUAUGCAAGCUAGGCCUGUAAAGCAGUGAGUCAGUAGGCAUAGUGGAGCUAUAGUGGAUCAGUAGAGAUGCUAGUACGAAGGCCAUUGAGAUCAACAAAACAGCAAGCACAUGGGGCCUACUGGUUGCGAAACUGAUCUUAAUACGAAUCUAAUUGAUGACAGUUUUUUUUAAUUGCUGGAUCUAAAGCAGAUCCAUUGUGUCAUGCGGGAGAAUUUGCAUAUUGGUUGAAACAAUAUACUGUGAUUUAAACAUACUACUGUUCACAGAAGGCCCAUUUGUUUCAAGAAAAAAACUACAGUAUAGAAUGGUGAAGUGAACCCAGCCAUAUAUUCUGUGGAGGAUAAUAUUCUACUCUGAGAAGGUCUACCAUUGUUUAUCUUCUCUGUGCAACUUAUAGCCAUUUGAGCUACUAUGGAACACUAUAAUAUUUUAUUUUGUAGGUUAUCAUAAGAAGAAUUUGCUUUUAUUGCUGUUUUUCUGUCGUCAAAAGUAAUUUUGUCUUUAAAGGUGUGAAAAUGAUUGACAUGUCAUGCACUAGGAUGCCAAGGAAUCACCAACCAGUCUUGCAGUCUUUGUUAAACCUGUUGAUCUGAGCUCCAGAAAUCCUGAUGUAAAGGCUAACAACAGUCGAUGUAGGUUUGAUGGGCUUGGCAAUAACAUCUAUCACAUUGUUCACCAGUAUAAAAGGCAUACAGAAGUUGCCAGAUUUUCUAAGGAUUAAAUGAAAUAUACCUAGUUAGAUGCUAUCUACCUCGUCCAUGAUUUCUUGAAAGGAAACAGUACAUGGUUUUGUUAGAACCUAUCGAAGCUAGAUCAAUGUCAAAACUGAUUUCUCUGUAUGCUCAAAGGUCCUGACACAUCUGUAAAUAAAUUAUUAAUUAAAUCUUUAGGAUUUGGAUAUGAAAUUUUCUCUACUGUACAAUAGCUAACUACCAGUAAUUUGUCUCGGUCCUGGUGUUCUCCGUGAGUGUUGUCGUGACUAUACUCAAUUACUAUGCAGACAUGUCCACAACCUGCACCUUAUGAACUAGUAUUCUCAUCUCGCAAUUUGUACGAGAGAUUGUUCAUUGACCAACGACCGGUCCGCAUUGUGCACCAUUUCCAAAAAUCUUGCCCCUUGCAGAGACAUGACCCACAAGGCAGGCCAUGCGAUGCUGUUCAUUUUGGCUUCUGUACUGAUGUCUAUUCCCCAGCUGAUCUGAUUUUAGAUGUAAAUCGUAACUGUGUCAUUAUUAAGUCUUCCAGAAAUGCCAAGUUAUUUGAAGACCGGAAGGCUGCAGAAAAGAAUUCCCAACCAGUAAAUGUUCCUCGAUUUUACUUUCCAUAUGGACGACCUGUUGACGCCGAGGUCAAUGAAAAAACAUUAGAAAUGGUUUCAGAGGUUUUCAGGUCAUUACCAAGUCAAAUUGCCAGAAAGCAGGACAUGGAUGAGAUAACCUUGGCAUGCGGUUGUCCGAAGUACUGGAGAGCUCUCCUAUUCCAAGCUGCAGGGGGUAAAGAUGAUGUGCCCAUCACGGAAGAAAUGUUUGUAAAUAUGUGGCGAAGAAUCACUUCUGAAUGCCAUGAUGAUGCUUCAAGGCUAUUUCGGCUUUUAGCUAAACCCAAGUGCAAUUAUAUAUCAUCUGAGGACUGGUACCCACUAAUCCAAGAUGUUGUAGAUACUCAUCCCGGUUUAACAUUCCUACAGGAUGCUCCAGAGUUCCAUUCCCGUUAUAUCCACACGGUGAUAGCCAGAAUUAUUUAUGUUGUUAACCGUUCUUGGACAGGAAAGAUAACAUUGCCGGAAUUUCGACGAUCCAACUUACUGUCGGUAAUACAGUUGCUUGAGGAAGAUGAUGAUAUCAAUCAGAUAACAGAUUUUUUCUCCUAUGAACAUUUCUACGUUAUUUAUUGCAAGUUUUGGGAAUUAGAUUCAAAUCAUGAUCUCUUCAUUGACAAGAAGGACCUGAGCCGACACAAUGAACAUGCAUUAUCCUCCAGAAUUAUAGAUAGCAUAUUUUCUCAUGGAUCAGUACUCAGUUCUAAUUCUGUACGGGAAGGCCUGAUGAGCUAUACUGAAUUUGUCUGGUUUUUGUUAUCUGAAGAAGAUAAAAAAACUCCAAUGAGCAUUGAAUACUGGUUUCGCUGUAUGGAUAUUGAUGGUGACGGCUACUUAUCAAUGUAUGAAUUGCAAUAUUUUUAUGAGGAGCAACUUGCCAAGAUGGAAGGACUCGGAAUAGAAACGCUUCCAUUUGAAGACUGUUUGUGUCAAAUGCUGGAUCUUGUUAAGCCUCUAGAGGGCGAUAGAAUAAGUUUACGUGAUUUAAAAGCCUGUAAACUAGGUUAUAUUUUUUUUGAUACAUUCUUCAACCUUGAGAAGUAUCUCGACCAUGAGCAACGAGAUCCUUUUUCAAACAUUCGGAGUGAUGAAACAGAUCUUGCUGAACCUUCUGAUUGGGAAAAAUAUGCUGCUGAGGAAUAUGAGAUGUUAGUAGCAGAGGAAGCGAGUCAGGAACAGUCUGCCCUUGACGCAACUGAUGUUGAAUAUCAAGAUGAUUUUGAGCAAGACGAAGAUGAGGAUGACGAAGCCAUUAUGUCAAUAGACGAAGCCAUGAAGAAAUUAGCAGCAUCAGAGCCGCCAGAAAGUAGGACAUGGAACCUGAACAAUAACUCUGAAAGGAGUUGAUAUGGUGGGGAAAUUAGCAAGUGGCCUGUAUGUCUUCAGGGUCUGAGUGCAGUAACUUAACCGGCAGGGAACUCUUAACACCUUAUACUAAGCUUACCCUAGUAGUGGCAAGUCUCUUGGUUAGGGCCUUCCCUUUCUCUACUGGAGGCCGGUUCUAAGAGGAUCCAAACAUCAUUGGCACUAUGAGACUCAGUUAACCACAAUGGAUCUUUCCAAAGUGUUAAUCAAACUGACAAAUCAGAUUGUGUUAUUUAAUAGCCAGGAAUACACUCAUGUUCUACAAACAUGCGAGUAGAUUAUUAAUGUACUAUUCAUCUAUUAUUUUAACGUUUACGCUGUCUAUACUGGUGUCAAUAUCCUUAGCAACAAUAUCCAAAGUGUGUAGGCUUCAUUAUCACUUACUUAUCAUUAAGUAAAGCACAUAUUUCUAGAUACUAUACAAAUCACAAUAUCCUGUAAUAUAAAAUAUUAGAUGAAUAAUACACAAAAGUUCAGAGCAAUGUAUUUUGCAAGCAGAUGAAAGAUUAAAGCUUGUGUCCACACUAUCAAAUUUUAUCUGACAAUGUGUGAUGUGCCCAUUACAUGGCAUGAUGAUGUCAUAUAUAUAACAACCAAAUACAGUAUGGGCAUAUCAAUUAUUUUUCACAUAAUAUUUGGUGGUUGGGACAAAGCUUAGUACUUUUAGUCUUACUAUAUUCUUGUCAAACACAUUUUGUAAUCCAAUGCAAUAAUCGGUUAUGGAGUGUAGAUAAUUCUUCCAGACUAUUUUAUUUAUUUUAUUUAGGUUUUUAAUUGGGAGAGGUUAGAUUGUUUACAAAAUUUUCUUAAAAUUUGUAGGAUUUUUUUAUAUAAUAUCUAAAUAGGUUUUGUAUUCAAUUGGUGGCUAGGCCUUUUACUCUCUUCAACUCACUUCUACUGUGUAUUUUUCUCAAAAACAAAAAUUAUUAUUCACUAGAAUUCGCCUCUGGAUAAUUUUAAAUGAAUUUUUAUAGGCAGCAUAUAGAAAUAUGUAUCAAUCACAAAAAAAAAAAAAAAAAAAUUAUUUAUACAGUUAAAACCCAAAUCUUACAGUAAGAAUAUUCAUUUUUUUUCUCUAAUUAUCUGUCGUCAGUAGUGCUAGUUUGUUUGUUUUCCAUUUAAUACAUCUUAUCAUGGACCUAUUAAUUAAUAAUAAUAGGUCCAUGAUCUUAUUCACAACUCUUGUCUGAAAUUAUAUUGAGGGCAGCAAACAGUCAAGUUUGAAAGUGUUGCUUUAUUUCCACUAAGUGCAUUACAGUAUUAUUAUAUUGAUCGUCUUGAGGGGGUAAAGGUGACUGGUUUCAAAAAGUAAGGAUACUUUACAAAGUACCAAAAAAUAAGAUUCCAUGUCACUUACAGUAACUCAACCUCAAUUUCUAAAAGAUUAGUUGUACUGUAGAUAUUUUAAAUAUAGAUAUGAGAUAUAUGUAUAACGUAUGAUUGUAGGUUCAGGUCUGUGAUUGGUUGGUCUAUAGACUUGUUUUGUCACAAUUUUUAUAUCACAACAAAUUUAUAUUUUGAUUCUUUUAUUAUUUCUCCAUUUUAUAAGUAUUGGUUAUUUAUACUCUACAGAUAUAAGUGAACUUUAAAAGCUUCAUGUUUAUUCUUAAGUACAUGGUGGGCUUAUUAUACCCGUGUAUCGGUUUAUGUCUGGAAAAUAGUACAAUAUUUGAAAUAUUUUUUCUUAUAUUAUAUUGUAAUUGAUAUUGUGUUGAUAAUAAAUAUUAAUAUCACUACCAUUAUUUUUAUUAUUUACAAUAUUAUAUAACUAUUUGUUUUAUAUUUCAAAUUUACAAUGAGAAAAAAAUUAUUAUGAUAAAGAACAAAAAUUAUUUCAAAUACUUUAUUUACAUCAAUUGUUUAAAAACGUAAUUUCACUAGCAAAUACGGAUGCAUUCUAUAUUAUUGCAAUUUUGGCACAGAAAAUUCAUUUAAAAAAGGCAUAGGUGGAUGAUUUUUAAAUGUUAAUGGUGAUUAUAAUGGUGAUGAUGACAAUCAUGAUCAAGGUGAUAUGAUGAUUGUGAUGAUCAUCAUGAUCGUUAUAUGAUCAUUAUAUGGUCGUCAGCAUGAUGAUCAUCGUGAGCAUGAUCUUGAAAAUAGUAUGAUGGUAAAUUAAGAUGAUUAAGUGUCAUGAUGAUGAUCAUCAUCAGAAGUACUUAUCAUGAUGCCAUAAAUGAUGUGCAUAAGGGAAAAAAAUAAAAUGUAUAUUAAACAUAUACUAAUUGUUUAAAAAAAUCAUGUUGACAGAUUACAAGAGCCAAUUCCAAAGGCUGUGUUAAUUUUGUUUGAACAUAAUACAGUUAGAAAUUUAAAAUUGUUAUUUACUUUGUUAUUAAGUGCGCCCUCUGUGUUCCGACUGUAGUGGUUCGAUCAUGUGGAUUUGUUUCAAAUGUUUCUGUUACUUUCACUACGUAUCUUUAUUUCAGUACAUUUCGUUUUAGUUCAAAGGGGUUCAUUUAUAUUCUAUUGUACACCAUGAAUGGAGAAUUUAAUAAAAAAAACAAGCCAUUCUGGAAAAA